ACUUGUGUCCACCCGUUCCCUAUCUCUUCACGUCCAGUUCCACAUGCACCCACCCAAAGCAGACGAGAAGAGAAUAUCUGCUAAACAGAGACGCUAGUGUAAUGACCUCCCGAGAUCUCCAUUUGUAAUUCUUCUACUCACGCUCAACGUUCCUGAUCAUGGCUUCCAAACAUUUUCCAUCUCUUGCUGCCGCUGCUUUUGCUGCUCUGCUGUUCCAAUUUUUCUUGAAGAGAAGAUCAAGGGAAAUCAAUAGCGGGGAGGCAAAUAACGAUGCAGCUGCAAACGAGGGAACAGCAGUAGGCGAUUCUGAUGCUCACACUCCAACAAGUGUACCUGAAACGGCUACUUCAUCAGGACCAGCUAAGGAUGCAGCUGCAAACGAUGGAACAGCAGGGGGCGAUUCUGGUGCUUACACUUCAACAGAAGGGGACGGAACGGCUACAUGUGAGAAUGAAGUAUUCUUGAGCUUCAGAGGACCGGAUACUCGAGCAGGUAUUACUGAUCACCUUUACACUGGGCUUUCAGGUUUGGGAAUCCGCACAUUUAGGGACGACGAAGAUCUCCGUGAAGGGGAAGAGUUUGCCCCGGAACUUCUCCAAGCAAUUAAGCAGUCGAAGAUCUUAGUACCUAUCUUUUCAAAAAAUUAUGCCUCUAGUAUAUGGUGUCUCAAGGAGGUAGCCCAAAUGGUCGAGUGCAAGAAAACUGGGGGACAAAAGAUCAUGCCCAUUUUUUAUGAUGUGGCACCUUGGGAGGUUCGAUACCAAACCGGGGGUUAUAAAGACGCCUUUCUUUCACAUGAGAAAAAGAAGCGACAUGACGAAAAGACCAUCGGAGAGUGGAAGGCUGCUCUCAGCGCAGUUGGGGAAAUAAACGGAUGGGACCUGCAUAAGGAGGGGGAGAACAGGCGAGAAGGUGAGUUCGUGAAAAAAUUCAUGCGAGGGGUUUUGAGUGAGUUGAAAAAGGCUUCUCUAGUAGUAUCAGACAACUUUGUUGGUGUCGACAACCAUGUGGAUGCAAUCAUGGAAAAGAUUGGUGCUGAGACAAGCGAAACACGGAUUAUAGGAAUUCAUGGGAUGGGUGGCAUCGGAAAGACGACUAUUGCCAAAGUGAUCUACAAUAAAAUUUCCCACAACUUUGAGAAUUGUUGCUUUCUUGGCGAUGUUCGAGAAAGGUCAAAAGUUAAUGGCAUUCAAUGCUUGCAGAAGCAGCUCGUUUCUAGCAUCCUCAAAAGGGAAUGGACGGAAAUAAAUGACAUGCAUGAAGGAACUCAAACAAUUAAAGUCAAGUUGUCUAAUAAAAGGGUUCUCCUUCUUCUCGAUGAUGUAGAAGAAGCGAAUCAUAUUGAUGCACUUGUAUGUAAGCGUGAUUGGUUAGGUAAAGGGAGCAAAAUUAUUAUAACUAGCAGAAGGAUAGAUGUUCUUAGUGUUCCGGAAGUGGACGACCGCCAUGAGCUUACGGGCAUGGAUCGUGAUCAAUCUCUUCAACUUUUAAGCAAACAUGCCUUCAGAAGAGAUUCUCCUUCAUACGAGUAUAUUAACCAAUCCAACAGGGCGAUUGACAUUGUUGGAGGUCUUCCGCUCGCUCUCGAGGUCAUAGGUUCACUUUUAUAUUACACUAAAAAGGAAAUGUGGGAUGCCACAUUGAAGAUGCUUGAAAGUGUUCCUCAUGAUAAAAUUCAGAGUACGCUGAAAAUAAGCUAUGAUGCAUUAAAUAUGCGGCAACAACAGAUGUUCCUCGAUAUAGCUUGUUUUUUCAUUGGUUAUGACAAAGACAUUCUGGUUCAUUUCCGGGAUAAAUCUAAUUUUUUUCCGGAAGUGGUCAUGGAAGUUUUGCAGAACACGUCAUUGAUUAAGAUUAUAGAGGGUAACAAAGUGUGGAUGCACGAUCAAGUUAGAGACCUCGGAAGAGAAAUAGUUCGUCAAGAAAGUAACAUGAAAAUAGAGAAGCAAAGUAGGGUGUGGGAUCAUGAGCAAGGAUUCGAUUUGCUGAGGAAACAUAAGGGAAAAAAAGAAGUUGAAGCUCUUCGUCUCGAGUUGGACCAUCAGUGGCACUGUUUUACCUAUGAGGGCCUUGAGAGCCUAUCUAGUCUAAGGUUCCUUAAUGUGGAAGGUUCGAUGGAAAAUUUUCAUGCAGAAGAGAGGCUUCUUUGGCACGAAUCGCCAUCAAAUGUUCUUCCAACUAAUGAGAAUUUAGUUCUCCUUCCACAAUUACGAUGGCUUAAGUGGCGUGAUUUUCCCUCAACAUUUAACAUUGCGAAUUUCUUCGUUGAGGAUCUAGUUAUUCUCAAUCUAUCUUGGAGUAAAAUUACAGAUAAUUGGAAGGGGUGGAGCCACAUGAAGGUGAUGAAGAAUUUGAAAGUUUUGAAUUUGUCCUAUUGUGAUAGUCUACAAAGGCUGCCAAACGAGCUAGGUAGAGGUCUUGCAAGCCUUGAAUACCUAUCUCUAAGUUUAUGCGGAUCGUUGAAGAGGCUUCCGGAUUCGAUCGGAAAUAUGGAAUCGCUGAUUGAGUUGGAUAUAUCCCACUCGGGCAUCGACGAGCUGCCCGAUUCCAUCGGAAAGUUGAAAAAUUUGAAAAGAUUGAAGAUGCAGAAGAGUAAGAUAAGCAAAAUACCCGAUGCCCUUUGGACGAUUGAAAAGCUCGAAGAAAUAGAAGCCUUCAACUUUAAUGAGAAUUUGCAUGUGAACAUUGGCAAUUGCAUCCACAAGAAUGAAUCCCUGAGGAUCUUGAAAUUGUUUAGAGCGGAAAUAUACUUACUAGCAAGGCUUCCUGAAAGUCUUGUCACUCUAUCUCUUGAUUCGUUGAAGAUGGACACGUUUCCGGAUCUCUCAAACCUCACUAAUCUGAAGGAAUUGGAGCUGAGGUUUUGGUUUCGUGUUUUUGUUGGGGAGUCUGAUGGGCCUGUGGAAGAAUAUCCGAUACCACAGUGGAUUGGGAACUUGAGCAAACUGGAGUUUCUGAGCCUGCGCUGUCAUUUUGUGACCACCUCACCAACAGACCUUACCCUCCCUCCUCAACUCAAGCAGCUUCACCUCGAGUGCCCUAGUAAUCUGCUUCGCCUCCCGAGGCUUCCCUCAAGUUUAUCCUCCUUACAUUUGUAUCGAUGCGAGUCACUUUGCUCGAUGGGGGAUCUAUCGAAUUUGAAGAAUCUAUCAUCUAUCUUCAUUGAGGGCGCUGCAAUUGAAGAGAUUCAAGCCCUUGGUUGUUUGGAGAACCUACGAGAUGUGCAGCUUUUGAGCCUUGAACAGGUGAAGAUACUACCUGAUCUAAGCAAUUUAAACAAACUAAGGAGUCUUGAUGUAUCUCGUUUUCCUAAUCUGGUUGAGAUUCAAGGCGAACUACCAGAGUCUUUGGAAGCAUUGGAUAUUAAUUCCUGUGAAUCUUUACUGAAGUUGCCCGAUCUAUCGAAUUUGAAGAACCUGUCAUCUCUCCACAUUUCGUGCGCCGCAAUUGAAGAGAUUCAAGGCCUUGGUUGUUUGGGGAACCUACGAGAUUUGCAGCUUGAUCAACUUGGACAGCUGAAGCUACUGCCUGAUCUUAGUAAUUUAAACGAACUAGAACGUCUUGAAGUACAAUCUUGUCCUAAUCUGGUUGAGAUUCAAGGCGAACUACCAGAGUCUUUGGAAGCAUUGCUGAUUUAUUCCUGUGGAUCUUUACUGAAGUUGCCCGAUCUAUCAAAUUUGAAGAACCUGUCAUCUCUCCACAUUUCGUGCACUGCAAUUGAAGAGAUUCAAGGCCUUGGUUGUUUGGGAACCUACGAGAUUUGCGGCUUGAUCAACUUGGACAGUUGA